UCCUUACAUCGGUGGGGUUUACUGUUACUGACACAGUCCAGAAACACCAUUAAUGAGUAAAUCACUUCGUCCUCAGCAAUAAGGGUGGGAGAGAACCAGUCGGGGGAACGCGGAAUCCAGGGGGUGGGACUGGACAGACCCUCCUUAUCUAAGGAGCAUCAACUUCCCAGAACAAUCCUGCCCGCCCGUCUCACCCCUACUCGCCCUGAGCCGGGGGCGGGAGCGGGAAAUUGGGAGGGGCCUGUGCCCGGGAGCAGCAGGGACUUAUCUGCCGGUGGGAUCGGACUCAGGCUAAGGUGGCCCCUGCUGAAGACUCCUGCUAAGCAAGCACUAAAGACCCCUCCGAACCAUCGACGGGGCGUCCUUGGGGUGCAGCCCAGGAAGCUCAGUUCACAGCCUUGGGGCGCGCGGCCCAUGGAGUCUUGGCUGCUGCGGCCGGCGCCGGUGAGCGAGGUCAUCGUCCUGCAUUACAACUACACUGGCAAGCUCCGCGGUGCACGCUACCAGCCCGGGGCUGGCCUGCGCGCCGACGCCGUGGUGUGCCUGGCGGUGUGCGCCUUCAUCGUGCUAGAGAAUCUGGCUGUGCUGUUGGUGCUCGGACGCCACCCACGCUUCCACGCGCCCAUGUUUCUGCUCCUGGGCAGCCUCACGUUGUCGGAUCUGUUGGCUGGCGCCGCCUACGCCGCCAACAUCCUGCUGUCGGGGCCGCUCACGCUGCGACUGUCGCCCGCGCUCUGGUUCGCGCGGGAGGGAGGCGUCUUCGUGGCACUCGCGGCGUCUGUGCUGAGCCUCCUGGCCAUCGCGCUGGAGCGUAGCCUCACCAUGGCUCGCAGGGGGCCGGCGCCCGCCGCCAGUCGGGGACGAACGCUGGCUAUGGCAGCCACGGCCUGGGGCAUGUCGCUGCUCCUCGGGCUCCUGCCGGCGCUGGGCUGGAACUGCCUGGGUCGCCUGGACGCCUGCUCCACUGUCCUUCCGCUCUACGCCAAGGCCUACGUGCUCUUCUGCGUGCUGGCCUUCGUGGGCAUACUGGGCGCGAUCUGUGCGCUCUACGUGCGGAUCUACUGCCAGGUGCGCGCUAACGCGCGGCGCCUGCAGGCCCGGCCCGGAACUGCUGGGGCCACCUUGACCCGGGCGCGUCGCACGCCGCGCUCGCUGGCCCUACUCCGCACGCUCAGCGUGGUGCUCCUGGCCUUUGUGGCGUGUUGGGGCCCCCUCUUCCUGCUGCUGUUGCUCGACGUGGCGUGUCCCGCGCGCGCCUGUCCUGUGCUCCUGCAGGCCGAUCCCUUCCUGGGAUUGGCUAUGGCCAACUCACUUCUGAACCCCAUCAUCUACACUCUCACCAACCGCGACCUGCGUCACGCGCUCCUACGCCUCGUCUGCUGUGGCCGCCACCCCUGCGGCCGAGGCCCGGGUGGCUCCCCGCAGUCCGGGAGCCCGGCUGAGGCUUCCGGGGGCCUGCGCCGCUGCCUGCCCCCGGGCCUGGAUGGGAGCUUCAGUCGCUCGGAGCGCUCGUCGCCUCAGCGCGACGGGCUGGACACCAGCGGCUCCACAGGCAGCCCCGGUGCGCCCACAGCCGCCCGGACCCUGGUACCAGAACCGGCUGCAGACUGACACCCGCAUCCCACGACUGUCCUCCCAAGUUUUACAGACUUUUUCUUUUUAUAUAAAGGAAUGUGUAGGGAAUGCAGCCGAAGGUGCAGUUGGAAAAGACGCAGGGGAAAUGUGUUAGUGGAGCGACACCCCGUAGCAGUGAACAAACCAGGCAAAAAUCUGUGCCCUCGCAGAACUGACGCUCUGCUUGGGAACCCAGAAAAGAACUCGGUGACGAAAUAAAGGAGAUAAUUCCAGUGACCACACCGAGAUGGCGAUGGCGGUCAGGGAAAGCCUCUCUGUAGCAGUGGUGACUUGUGAUGUGAGCUGAGACCUCUGUCCCGGGAAGACCAAAAGAAAAGGCAUUUCUGAGCGGGGCGCGGUGGCUCACCCCUGUAAUCCCAGCAAUUUUGGGAGGCUGAGGCGGGCGGAUCACCUGAGGUCGGGAGUUAGAGACCAACCUGACCAGCAAGGAGAAACCCUGUCUCAGCAAAAUAAGCCAGGCGUGGUGGCGCAUGCCUAUAAUCCCAGCUACUCAGGAGGCUGAGGCAGGAGAAUCCCUUGAACCCAGAAGGCGGAGGUUGCGGUGAGCAGAGAUCCCGCCUUUGCAUGCCAGCCUGGGCAACGAGAGAAAAACUCCCUUUAAAAGAAAAACAAAGAGGCCGGGCGUGGUGGCUCACGCCUAUAAUCCCAGCACUUUGGGAGGCCGAGGAGGGUGGAUCACUAGGUCAAGAGAUCGAGACCAUCCUGGUCAACAAGCUGAAACCCCGUCUUACUAAAAAUACAAAAAUUAGCUGGGCAUGGCGGUGCGUGCCUGUAGUCCCAGCUACUCGGGAGGCUGAGGCAGGAGAAUUGCCUGAACCCAGAAGGCGGAGGUUGUGGUGAGCAGAGAUCAUGCCAUUGCAGUCCAGUUUGGGUAACAACAGUGAAACUCCGUCUCAGAAAAAAAGAAAGAAAGAAAAAGCAUUUCCGGAAGAGGGAAUGGCAUUCACAAAGGCCCUGAGGCUAAAAUGCCCCCGGUGUUCUAAGAAAUGCAGGGAUGAUGGUGUGUCUGGAGCAGGGGUGGCAGGGAGAAUGGGCGGAGACAAGGAACUGAAGGAGUACUUCCCAAAGGGCCUUGUGGGUGACAUAGAGAACUUCCUUUUUGCUCUGAAUAAAGUGGGAGCCGUAGAAGGUUCUAAGCAGAGGAGGGACUUGCACUGAUUCAGGUGAUGAAGGUGUCUUGUGGCAUCCAUGGGAGGGUGGAAGCCAGAGAAGCUGAAGAGAGGCUGCACUGAGCCACAGGAACAAUGAUGGAGAUUCCAGUUGUACCCAGACCCUGAGGAUUCCGGAUGGAUUUUGGAGGCAGCAGACAGAAUUACUGAGGAAUUGAGUGUAAGAGGGGGAUACAGUUGUCAAGGACAAUACCAAAGGUGGGACACCCCAAAUUUGACUCUGGGAGACUCAGCCAAAUCCCAUCUGGUAAUAAAAUUUCUUUUUUCUUUUU